CUGCUGCUCGUCUGCUCUCUCUGUGAGCGUUGUUCUGUCUCCAUCUCUCUUUAGCUAUUAUACAAAAUAAUGGGCUAAAAGUUAUAGUGCUGGAAUUUGUUAGAAAAAGAUAACACUAUUCAAAUAUAUUUCAUUUAGUAUUCCAAACAAAAAAUCGUUUUAAUAGGUUGUCUAUCAACGGAUACAAUUUUACACCAACUCAAAUUUUUAAAAAUUUUUUUGUGGUUUGGUAACGCAGCCAAAGCGCAUUUUAUGGUGUGGUCCGGUUGCAUAAAAGAAAUAGCGUCGCGUGAUGCAGUGUUGAAUAGCGUGCCAUAGCUGCAGUAAAUAAAAGGCCAAUGUAUGAUAAAACUUAAUUUUUGGACAUAAGAGAAUUAUAGGCACCAUGGAAGACCUUACCAAAAACAUCAUCUUCACAAAUGCUAUUAAUGGGCAACCGGCCACAAUUCAGUACCAGACGGCGGAUGGCACCAUUCUUAAACAGCCCAAAAUAGAGGGUCAAAAAACGGAGCAACAGCCAACCUUCUAUUACACGACAAAUGGCAAUGGCGGUACCGUCAAUCUUGCUCAGCUGGCCACCACAGACGACAAUAAGACGUGCUACAUAGCCCAGCCUGUGGGCGGUUACAACUACGCCCUGGUCAACGGUAUGCCCCUCAACCAGGGUGCAGCUCUUGGCAUCGCCACGGUAGACGCACAAGGCCGCAUCCAGAUAGUUAAUCAAAACAAGCCAAUUGCAGCUAACACCAUAUCCAACAUCAGCUUUAAGUGUGAUGUUUGCUCAGAUAUGUUUCCUCAUUUGGCACUGCUCAAUGCUCAUAAGCGGAUGCAUACAGACGGGGAACAGCAGCAGCAACAGCAACAUAACACCCAAUCGGGGGGUGAUUCUAUUGCCGUGGUCAGCGCGCAGGGGCUUGUGCAGGCACAGAACAUGAUUGGAAAUGGCCAGAUGGGUCAGAUACAGAUUGUGUCUUCUGACACGCUAGAGCCGGUUCAGCAAUCUGUAAUGCAGCAGCAACAUGAGUCAAAGGCAAGCAAGUGUAUAAAUUGCGGAAGCUCUAUAUUGCAGCAUUCCAAACGCAAAGGUCCAAAGCAGGUGCGCUGCGAGUCCUGCAUGCAAGCUGAACAAACGGCACAGCAACAACAACAGCUCUUCGUGGCGCCGGAUGGUCAAAUGGCGCAUCCCGUGCAAAUCAUAUCAACGACUCCUCAGGCCCAAGCACAACUGCAGCAAAUUGUGGCUGCACAGACUGGCGGUACAACACCAAAACGGGAGGCGAGCAGUGGGUCCGGCCACCAUCCUGUGAAAAAACGAAAUUCCCAGCAGAUGACCAAAUGCCAGAAAUGCAAUGGUUCUGGCGUGGUGCUAUUAGGGCAGCACUCCCACGCUUCGCACAGCGGUGUGGGGGGAUCGGCUAAGCAAUCAGUUACUGUUAAAACUGAAUGUUUGUCCUGCAGAAAUCCGUCAAAACCCUUCAGUUGUAAUAUAUGCGGCGGUCUGUUUUCACGUUACUCAAGUCUGUGGUCACAUAAAAAGCUGCAUAGCGGUGAAAAAAACUACAAGUGCAGCAUCUGUGGGUUGGCCUUUGCUAAAGCCGUUUAUUUGAAAAACCACGCCCGUAUCCAUACGGGCGAGAAACCCUAUAAAUGCCAAACAUGCGGCAUGCAGUUCUCACAGUCGCCACAUCUCAAGAACCAUGAACGUACGCAUAGUGGCGAGCGACCCUAUGUGUGCGGUGUUUGCGACAAAGGAUUUGCCCGCCACGCUACUCUUUGGAACCAUAGGCGCAUUCACACGGGUGAAAAGCCAUACAAGUGCGAAAUUUGUGGAUCUGCAUUCUCUCAGGCGGCGCACCUUAAAAACCACGCAAAGGUGCACUCCGGAGAAAAGCCCUACAAGUGCGAGAUUUGCUCUGCGGCGUUUGCUGAUCGUUUUGCACUCAAGCGUCACCGCGGCAUACAUCAAAAGUACGGCCAAACAGCACCUCGUCAGACCAGUAGCGACGGGAUGAUAGUGCACAAGCAGGAGAUUCCUGAUAUGGAGGAUGAGGCCCAACAGGAAGUGAUUAUUGGUGGGUUAUAGAUAGCUUGAAUAAGGUGACAGGCAGCUUAACGAAGUCACAAACACUGGCGCCCAUCCUGUUCAGCUUCAGUUUAUCAAGGGUUACUAUGAUCAGCUGAAUCAAACUAUGCUAGCCCCAGAACUGUCACCGAGGGGCAUAACUCACCACAAAGAUAUUAAAAAAAAAUAAACGAUGUUCCAUCGUUAGCACUUCA